AUGGACCCUGAAAUCAGAGGACUACUUAACUCAAUAGAAAGGUCCAUGAACACUGCAAAUGCAAUCAAGAAAGCUGCACAAGGAGCAGCAACUGAUGUACAGCUAGCAGAAUUAAUGUAAAGAUUACUUACUCUCCCCCCUUCGUGAGUGAACAAAACCAUUGGAAAAAUUCCUAUUUUUUGCCCAAAAACCCGCACUCUCUGAGCGAACAAAAUUUUUUUUCAUUGAAAAAAUUUGAUAUAUAAGUGAUAAAUAGUAUAAUGAAAUCUCGAGCUAAUUCUGUUUAAUUUUAAACAAAUUGCGUUUUUAAAAACAUAAAUUUUAUAAAUUAAAUUAAUAUUUGCUUCUCAAUUUUUGCAAAUUAGGAUUUUUUUAAAAUUUCGAAAAAACAUUUUUUCUUAUAUAUAAUUUUUUUUAAUAAAAUAAAUUAACCCCCCUCCGUGAGCGAACAAAAUUUUUUUGUUCACUAACGGAAGGGGGAAUUAGAGAUAGCUACACUGAUUCAUUAGACACAUUAUUGACAACAAGUGCAAACUUAAAAAAUGAAAUUGGAGACUGCGGUAUACCUUAUGAAUUACUUGAGUAAAAGCGAUUUAGCAUGAUCUCCAAAGGUGGCAGACCUGAAGAUUUCAACAGAGACAUCAAAGAUAAGACUGAGGAAGAAAUUUCUGAGCUGAAAGCAGAAGCCGAAGCUCUUGGCAAUUUUUUCGAUGAAAUUUCUAAGACAUUCAGUAACCAAGAAAAUCCUCAAUAA